AUGGUAAGUAGUCUUUAUGGUAUUACCAUAGCAUGCUUAACUUCCACAGUAACUCACUUAAUUCCUCUUUAAGUACUUCUGGGCUGAGAAGAUGGUCUCUGACAACAAGUCCUCCAAUAAGCACAAUAAGGGGGGCUCGGCACAGAAGCGACAUUCUUUGAGGCCAUCAGCUGAGCAGUCUGAAGCCGCGGCCAUCGCCAGAGAUCGAGCGGCCGCUAAGGCGAUCAGAGGACCAACUUCGGGGAGUGGCAUUUUGAUCAACAUAAUUCGGGCCUUGUCAGCCAGGGCUCUAUUUAUAUUCCAUUCUGUAGCAACCAUCUGGGCUGCUGUUAAUGUUCAAGGGGAAAAUUCGAUAUGGGGAUUUGCUCUGAUAUCAGUCAGUAUUGUAGUGGAGGGCGGACAUACUAUACUGAUGAGGGUGGGGGAUGAGAGAAAGUGGUUCUCUCCAAGCAUCUUACUCUACAUUCUUGCAACGGCCCCUCCGAUAUGGCUACUCGAAACCAAACUUUGUCAAUGGAGGCAAACAAAUGGUAGGCCACAAAUCAACAAAGUUUCAUACAAAUGUAAUUACUACAAUUAUAGACCAAAAACUAGAUAAGAUGUUUGAAUAUCAGAUCUUAGAACAGCUCUUACUGGUCGUACUAAUAGUAGGAAGAUGGUUGCUGCCUAAGGGAGACAUAAGUAGAGAACAAUUGUCACAGAUUUUGCUGGCCUACCUUGUAAGGAACAGUCUAUUAUUAAAGUAUUUGUAGGCGAUCUCGUCUGAUAUUGUGGAAUUCUUUGAUGUUUUCAAAGAAAGGACUGUUUACUUUAACUUGAAUCUUCAGAAGCUGGUUCUCUCCGCUUGGACAGUAAGUCAAUUAAUUCCAAAAGAAAACAUUGGUACUGUAAUAAUUUAAGCUCUCUCUGUUGCAAUUCCCUUUCAUUUUGACUGUUAGCCGUGCUCGCAAGAUGAGAGUGGCGAUUACCGAUGACACCGCCAUUACCACUAAAUCCAGGACCAUGUCACAAGUAGGUUCCUUUUCUUCCAGAACCUCUAAUCUCCCUUCCAGAUCCUAUACGACGUUGAUAUCUGGGCAAUCAUUGUAGCCAGUUGUUUGCAAGACAUACCAUUCUUCCUUGUCCGUGUAUAUCUUAUUCUUCAAUACAAACUGAUCACCUACACGAUGAUUUUUUUUCUCUCUAAGAAUGCAUUAAUCAUCGCUCUGCAGUUUUACCGAGCUGUUAUUAUCUUCAAUGAUCGUUAUUUACAUCCUCGAACAGAGUCCCGUGCGUCACUUGUGAUGGAACAAAUGAGACGUCCCACCCUGACUAAGAACAACAGCGAUCUCCCAUCCCCACAACAACCAUCUACGGCCGGAGAUGAGAAAAAGAAAAGCGAUCGAAGAACAAAAUCCAGGAAAAGUGUACCCUCCGAAAGCGGUUCGACUGAAAAAUUAAAGUCUGUCAAUAGACGGGCAUCCACUGCCCCUCAUGUCCAUCACAUCAACGUGAAAGUGCUCCGAUCAGACGACGGGACUAGUGAGAAGCGCCCGACAUCUGCUUUUGAUAAAUACAUUGACUAAGGAAUUAUAUAAAUCCUCAUUUUUAAGCUCAGGCAUCGGUCAAGGUUGAUGAUAUUGUUCAUGGUUAA